AUGUUGAUUCUUGAAAAGCUUGCUAGCUUUGAUCUGGAGAACUGUAUAGAAAUCAGCAGAGGAAGUGGUCUCAUCUCAAAGAUUGUAGAGUUCACAAGCAACAGAACUGACAUGACAAGUAUUGAUGAGACACACCAAACGUUGAAACGUUCAUCAUUGAAGCUGCUAACAAGACUUGCAAGUACUAAAAUGAAACUUGGUGUAACUUUGCGUCAGAAGAUGAUAGCACAUCCCUUCCUUUUGAGCAACCUUGCAGAAAUAUUGGAUAACAUUGGGAGCAGCCAAGAACUUAAGGAGCUCACAGCAGAACUCGUUAGAAACCUCGCUAUGGAGGGAAAUGUGAAGGAGAUCGGACACAUCCCAAUGAUCAUUAGCAGGCUGAUGGAUGCAUUUCUCAGUGAAAGUGCACGCUCAAGUACAGAUUCGGAUCAGUUGCUACGAAUGAUCGCUGGGCAAGCACUAGCACUACUGGCAAUGGAGAGUGUCAAUAACUGUUUGCUUAUGUUAGCAGAACCAGGGUAUGUGUUCAUAAAGGAACUCACAGUUAUGAUCCAUGGUGAUAAGUACAGGUACAUAGCAUCAAGCCUGUUGCGGAGUAUGUUUGCGCAUGCUCGGCCAGAGCUUGGCAACUCGGACCUGGACGAAGUCUCCUACAUUUUGCGAGAGGUACUAGAAGGAAUAAUGAAUGCGGAAGGGAGAGAACUAGAGGUCCUUGUUGGCCUUAGUUCACAAAUAUGUAAUGUCAUUCCAGAAGACUUUGUGCGAGGGCUAGAGCAUAAUCAGAUAAAGGACAGUUUUAUAAAGAGGCUUGUGAGUGCACUUAACUCAAAUAUGGUACCCAGUGCUCAUUGUCUAGGAAUCAGGAGGGUCGUAGUUCAACAUGCCAUAUACAUGAUGGAAUGCAAUCCAGUCUACGUUAACUGUUUCAACGAAUGCCAGAUGAUGGAAGCACUGGUAAGGGUAGAGCGUACACCUUCAAGGGCUGAAAACUACAGAUUCUUCUUGGGUGAUGCAGGAAUCAUGGAGCACAACAUACCUCUAUCCGUGCUUGUGGCUAGAGCAAAAGAAUUGAUGGGCCAUGAGUAG